GCAACUUGAAGAUCGCUCGACCGACCACCCUGCUUUCGCUCAUUCUCCAGUUUUCUCAGCGUACUCGGUAACAUGGACAUGGGUGAAGGAUCCUCUAAGCACCCUUCAAACACACGACAAGACACCAUACAAGUGGGAAACACUCUAUUGCUCAAGUUACCGAGCGGGGACAUCAAGACUUGGAAGCUAGAGAAAGACUCCACCGCCAACCUUGGGAAGUUUGGAUCAUUCUACGCCAAUGAACUAGUAGGACGACCGUUUGGCUUGACGUAUGAGAUCGUCGAGAAGAAACUCAGGGUCGUGUCGCCUCGCACACUGCAAGAAGUAGGUAUGGAUCCUAUUGCCUGCCAUGUUGAGUUCUCUGACCGGGCGUAUGCAGAGGAUACCGAGGCGACUAAUGAGCUGAUCAACGACGGUCAAUUUGUUCAACCGCUGACCUCCGAGGAGAUUGAGGCACUCAAAAAGUCUGGUCUUCAUGCAUCUGAAAUAAUCAAGAAGCAAAUAGAACAACACGCCAACUAUUCAUUGAAGACGGAGUACAGUAAAGAGAAAUACAAAAAGCGCAAGGAGGCAAAAUACUCGAAGUCCUUCACCGUCAUUGACCCCACUGCGUUCAAUGUCUGUGAUUAUUGGUUCAACAAGGAUCAAAACAGACUCCGAGAUGUCCGGCCGGAUGCGCUAGGACAAAUGCUCAAUCUGGCCAAUAUACGGCCCGGUGGAAAAUAUCUCGCAGUAGACGACGCCUCUGGUAUAGUUGUGGCAGGGAUUGUGGAAAGGCUCGGUGGACAGGGUCGACUGAUCACAAUAUGCGACGUCGACUCACCGCCAGCAUAUCCUGCCAUGGUGCACAUGAACUUCUCGAAGGAAGUUAACCAGGUACUAGCAUCUCUGAACUGGGCAACUGCGGACGAGGAGUACACGCCUAUCAUCCCGCCGUCCGAGCCGCCAGGCAACGUGAAGUCGGAUGCCCAGAAAGCGAGGCUCAACAAACGGAAGGUUGUCAACGAGGCGCUUGCCCAGACAAGAGAGGAGCUCUUUGCAGGUGAAUUCGACGGGCUAGUCGUGGCUAGUGAAUACGACCCAUUCUCCAUUCUACAGCAACUAUCUCCGUACCUCGCAGGGUCUGCGAACAUAAUCGUCCACAGUCCGUACAUACAGGCGAUUUGCAACAAGUUCACUGACCGCUGGCACCAGGUCGUUACCGAUCUGCAAAAUCAGCUGCGAGACCUUCCUCAGUUCCUAGGAGCCGCAGUCACAGAGAUGUGGCUGCGGAGGUACCAAGUUCUCCCUGGACGGACGCAUCCCUUGAUGAACAUGUCCGGCUCGGGAGGCUUUAUCCUGCACACGAUCAAAAUGUACAUCUACCCUCCCAUCAUUAUUGCAUUGCUUCACUCAUACCGGCUUAGCUAUGACGAUCCAACGGCGCAGUCCGUCGUAGUACAUCGUCAGAAGGCGAAGAAAGCAAAUUGGAAGCUGACGCUGCGAGUAGUUCGAGGCAGGACUCCGUCAUGA